GCCCACACUUCUACCACCAACGCUACCACAAGAAAAGCAUUUGCAAGCACGACCCGAAACGACCCAACUGAUUCCAUCAGAUACCCAGUCCUAGCAACACCAAGUUGAAGAUUCCUUACAGCAUGUCCUUCAGACAAAUCCUGCCCACUGUCCCCCGAGCGCUUCGUUCUUCCACCAGACUGAAUGGCAAACAGUCUUACUCAAUCUUGUCCGGUCGAGUAGCCACCCCCCUCGUCAACUCCUCGCCCGUGUCCCCUCGAGCUGCCGGUUUAAAUCAAACUCAAACUCGUGGUGUCAAAACUCUGGAUUUCGCUGGACACAAGGAAGUCGUCUACGAGCGUGCCGAUUGGCCUGCUUCCAAGUUACAAGAGUAUUUCAAGAACGACACUCUUGCCAUCAUUGGAUACGGUUCUCAAGGACACGGCCAAGGUCUCAACGCUCGGGACAAUGGUCUCAAUGUCAUCAUUGGUGUUAGAGAAGGCGGUGCCAGUUGGAAGGCUGCCGAAGCAGAUGGAUGGGUUCCAGGAAAGACUUUACUGCCAAUCAACCAGGCCCUGGAGAAAGGAACGAUCAUCAUGAACCUUCUCUCUGAUGCCGCCCAAUCCCAAACAUGGGAUUCCAUCAAGCCCUAUCUUACCAAGGGCAAAACCCUCUACUUCUCUCAUGGAUUCUCCGUCGUCUACAAGAAUGAUACCGGUGUUGUCCCCCCCAAAGACAUUGAUGUGAUUCUCUGUGCACCCAAGGGCAGUGGAAGGACCGUCAGAACCCUCUUCCAAGAAGGCCGUGGUAUCAACGGUAGUGUUGCCGUAUGGCAAGAUGUGACCGGCAAAGCUAAGGAGAAAGCUGUGGCCCUUGGUGUCGGUGUCGGUACCGGUUACUUGUAUGAAACCACUUUCGAAAAGGAGGUCUACUCCGAUCUCUACGGGGAGCGUGGUGUUUUGAUGGGUGGAAUUCAGGGUAUGUUCCUCGCUCAGUACAAGGUAUUGAGGGAAAACGGACACAGUCCCUCUGAAGCCUUCAACGAGACCGUCGAGGAAGCCACCCAAUCUCUUUUCCCUCUGAUUGGGGCCCAUGGUAUGGACUACAUGUAUGCCGCCUGCUCUACCACUGCCCGUCGUGGUGCCUUGGAUUGGGCCCCCAAGUUCGAAGCCGCCAACAAGCCUAUCUUCGAGGCCCUUUACAAAUCGGUCAAGAACGGUGACGAGACCAGACGAUCCCUCGAAUUCAACGGCCGAAAAACUUACUCCGAAGAUUUGGCUAAGGAAUUGGCCGAGAUCGACUCUCAAGAGAUCUGGAGAGCUGGGAAAACUGUUCGAGGACUUCGACCGGAUGCCAAGAAAUCCUAGAUAUCCCUUCGAUCUCGUGAUUUCUACUUAAUACUCCCAUCCUUCACUUUCAUUUGGAUUCUUGUUUUGACUAAAACAUCAACAGAUCUUUUUGUUGACAGUUCGUUGACCAAAACAGUUUUGAAUGAAUACAUUCCUCCCUUGUGGCUUGCUGGAGGGACUUAUGACUCAAACCCAUUUGUGGUGUGAGGCUGUUUCAAAAGCUGGUGGGAUAAUCUGACAUGUCAACCUACACCUACACCACAUGGCUAAAGGUUUGUAGAUUCAAACCUUGAACAGACUGGCAUCUGUCCCUCACUUGGGACCCUUCU